AUGUCGCGCCCCGAAGAUAUUCUCCCGCCGGACCUCUUCUACAACGACAAUGAAUCGCGCAAAUAUACAACCUCCUCCCGAAUCCGGAACAUCCAAGCAGACAUGACCUACCGAGCCCUAGAACUGCUCGACCUAAAAAGUCCCUCCUUCAUUCUCGACGUAGGCUGCGGCAGCGGUCUAUCGGGCGAAAUCCUCUCUCAAGAAGAGCCGCAAAACGGCGGACCGCACACAUGGGUCGGUAUGGACAUUUCACCCUCCAUGCUAGACGUAGCACUGCAGCGCGAAGUCGACGGCGAUUUAUUCUUGGCAGACAUUGGUCAAGGAGUCCCCUUUCGACCUGGAUCUUUCGAUGCAGCGAUCUCGAUCUCUGCGAUUCAGUGGCUUUGUAAUGCCGAGUCGAGCGAUGUCAGCCCCGAAGGACGGUUGAAGAGAUUCUUUGAGGGCCUUUAUGCGAGUCUUCGUCGUGGGGGACGAGCCGUGUGCCAAUUCUAUCCCAAGAACGAUAUUCAGCGGGGUAUGAUUAGUGGUGCGGCGGUUAAGGCUGGGUUUGGAGCUGGUAUGCUUGAAGAUGAUCCCGGGACUAAGAAUGGUAAGCUUUACCUGGUUCUUACGGUCGGUGGGGGUGGUCUCAGUGGUGAUAUUACUGGCGUUGUGAAUGGGAUGGAUGAUGUUAAUGUUUUGGAUGCGAGGAGGAAGGCUGCGGAGGUUAAUAAUGCUCGUCAGCCGCGGAAGGGUGAUCGGGCUUGGAUUAUGAAGAAGAAGGAUCAGCAGGAGAAGAAGGGGAAGGUUGUUAAGCAGAAUUCGAAGUAUACGGGUCGGAAGAGACGGAUUGUUUUUUGA